UGUCUCUUUUACAGGAAGUGAGCUCCGCUGGCAGGAAGGGUGUGUGAAGUGCAGAGCACUGCAAGAUGGAUAUGAGGACCAAGGGCCUGAGCCAAAGACUUCGUGGAAAAGCUCGAAUUGUAACCGUGAAGGCUGAAAACCAGCCUAGACGCAAGAGGGCCGAACAGCUCAAAAUGGAAACAAAGCAAGAGAAAAAGAAGGAGGAGAAAAAAGAAGAGAGUUCUGGUCUCAUUGAAUUCUUUAGUUCCUAUCAGGAGCUUUUCCAGUUCUUUUGUAACAACACAACCAUCCAUGGGGCCAUCCGGCUGGUCUGUUCUAAGAAGAACAAGAUGAAGACGGCCUUCUGGUCAGUUCUCUUCUUCCUCACCUUUGGCCUCAUGUACUGGCAGUUUGGAAUUAUCUACAGAGAGUACUUCAGCUUUCCUGUCAACCUGAACUUGAACCUCAACUCUGAUAGGCUGACCUUCCCUGCUGUCACACUGUGUACUCUCAAUCCCUACAGGUACAGCGCAAUUCAGGAGCAGCUGCAAGAGCUGGAUCAAAUCACACAGCGGACACUGAUGGAGCUCUACAAAUACAACAUGUCCAUGGAGCAGAAGAACUGGCAGGCCCAAUCCUUGCGGAAACGCAGCUCCAGGAGCCUGUACCGCCACAUCCAACGCCACCCGCUCUAUAGACACAAGCGUGAGACCAGCAUGGAGGAGAACAAUCCCCAAGUGGACAAGAGUGACUGGAAGAUUGGUUUCAUUCUGUGGAAUGAAAACAAGACAGACUGCUUCCACCAAAUGUACUCUUCGGGUGUGGAUGCCGUGCGAGAGUGGUACAGCUUCCACUACAUCAACAUCCUUGCGAGCAUCCCUGACGUCAAAGACCUUGACGAGUCCAACUUCACAAGCUUCAUCUAUUCCUGCCGUUUCAAUGAGGAGACCUGCAACAAAGCGAACUACACUCAUUUCCAUCACCCUAUUUAUGGAAACUGCUACACAUUCAAUGACAACAGCAGCACACUCUGGAUGUCCUCCCUGCCUGGGAUCAAUAAUGGUCUCUCUCUAGUUGUCCGCACAGAGCAGAACGACUUUAUCCCACUUCUCUCCACUGUGACGGGAGCCCGAGUGAUGGUGCACGGCCAGAAGGAACCAGCCUUCAUGGAUGACGGGGGCUUCAAUGUGCGCCCCGGCGUUGAAACAUCCAUCAGUAUGAGAAAGGAAACAACAAACCGUCUUGGGGGCACCUACAGCGACUGCACAGAAAACGGCAGCGAUGUACCCGUGAAGAUCCUCUACCAAUCCCGCUAUACUGAGCAGGUCUGCAUUCGUUCCUGUUUUCAGAAUAGCAUGGUGGACCGGUGUGGCUGUGGCCAUUUCUUCUACCCCUUGCCCACCGGAGCAGUUUACUGUGACUACAACAAGCAUCCCGCCUGGGGUUACUGUUAUUACAAACUCCAGGCUGAAUUCAAAACAGGCACCCUGGGCUGUUUCACCAAAUGCCGGAAACCUUGCAAGGUGACAGAAUACCAGUUGUCAGCUGGAUAUUCACGAUGGCCUUCUGCUGUCUCUGAGGCCUGGGUGUUCCACAUGCUGUCACGGCAAAACAAGUACAACAUCACAUCCAAGAGGAAUGGAAUUGCCAAAGUGAAUAUAUUUUUUGAGGAGUGGAAUUAUAAAAGCAACGGGGAGUCUCCUGCUUUCACAGUGGUGACACUGCUUUCACAGCUGGGAAGCCAGUGGAGUCUCUGGUUUGGUUCCUCGGUCCUCUCCGUAGUAGAGCUGGCUGAGUUGAUUCUGGAUUUUGUCGCCAUCACCUGCAUCCUGACUUUCCGCCGGCUGUACUUGCACAAAUCUUCUGACCUCCAUACACCCAACAGCCAUGACACCAGCUCCCAUGCUGCAUCUGCUGCCCCACAACAUGCCUCUGAAGUUGCUGCGCUACCAUCCUACAACAGCUUGGAAUCGCUAUCCCUGCACAGAGUUUCCUUCAGGAGAACAGAGUGAGGGGCCCAGGCCAGAAUGGCUUGCAGAAGCCCUUCUUGAAGCAUGGAGAUGGACAUUACUGCCAGCAGCUCACUGUACUUCUCAUACUUCCAUGAGGCAGAUGGGACCAAAAGGUCUCCUGGGAAGUUAUUGGCAGAAGGAAGUCAUAGUACAUAUAUACAGGGCCCAAGUGGCUUGGAAUGCCCUCUCUGCCUGCUUUGCAACUUGUGGUGUAGUGGUUAAGAGCGGUAGACUCGUAAUCUGGGGAACCGGGUUCGCGUCCCCGCUCCUCCACAUGCAGCUGCUGGGUGACCUUGGGCCAGUCACACUUCUUUGAAGUCUCUCAGCCCCACUCACCUCACAGAGUGUUUGUUGGGGGGGAGGAAGGGAAAGGAGACUGUUAGCCGCUUUGAGACUCCUUAGGGUAGGGAUAAAGCGGGAUAUCAAAUCCAAACUCUUCUUCUUCUGUUUCAAUUUGGGAUCCCCAAUGUGGCACCCUCAGACACACACACACACAGAGAGUUGCCAUCUGCCCAUGCCUCCCAAUUGUUUGUGUUUUGUUUUUUUUACCAUGAGUGACAUUGGGCCGGGUAGAAAACAAAGCUCAUCAUCCACCCACCCCUCCCUUCCCCCAGAAUGUCUCUGGGCCCAUGCAUAAAUGUUUUGUUUGGGGUCCCCCCCUUCCCUUUGGUGUAUAUUUUGUUUUUGGUUUUUUACUUUGCUUGGUUUUGGGGUGUUUGGAUUGGCUCUUGUUGCUGUUUGGUUGUAGAGAAUGUUCUGGCUACUGGGGGGAAAUUUUUGGUCUGUGUUGUGUUUCUUGGGGGGGGCUGUUGAUGGAGAGCAAAAGAGUUCUGAGCAUCACUGUUUUUCCCUUCUGUGAAAUGGGUUGUUCCCAGGCCCCGAAAAGUGGGAGACCCCUGAUCUAAAAGAACAAACCAGAAACAGGCUGUGUAUCUGCUAGGUCUUUGUAUGCGUGAUAAGCAAGAGUCUAGCAGGAAAGAGAGCAUGAAAAACAAGGAACCAACCCCUUCAGCUCACAUACAAUUAGCACAGUCUUCAAGGGAAAACCCUCUACCCAUUUUGCCUUCAUUGCUGCCAUUUCCAACAGAUUCCUUUGCACCUGGAGAGAUGCAGGAGUCAGUUUAGCUGGAGUCUUGCCGCCUUGUGCAAUGUAUGCAUUUCUGCCUAAAGACAGGAAAUGGGUCUCGCUUCUGCAAGCUUGCUAGACAAAGGCUUACUUGGCCGCAUCUUCCUCCAUCCCACUAGGAGCCCGGGGAUUCCUUUUAUUGUGCAACACAGUGUUGGGAUGUGUAAUAUGAACUGAGAACAGAAAUGUGGUAAACCCAAGAGCUCCCGGUAUUAGAACUGUGGCAAUACUGCGAGGCCCAGUGUGGGGGUCAAGGAAGGGGCUAAAAUGAGAGCCUGUAAAAAACAAGUUCUCCAUGUUGGAGGCAUCCAUCUAUGUCCCUCAGAGCUGGGACACCUCAUGCAACACAGACAGACAGGGAGGCAGGCAAAGGUGACAACUGUAGCAUCAGGAAAACAACUGGGAGGGAGGGAGGGAGAAGGUAAGGAAGGUACUGCUAGCCCCAUUGCAGCUCAGGAGAAUCUAAGGAGCAUCACAUGACCUACCUUCCCAGCCCUAAUUAGCCACGCAGCACUCUAGAAUGGUGUUAUACCACAGCAGGAACACCAAGGAGUUGGUAAAAAAAGGUGUGAAUUAAAUAUUUGAGUGUGAACAAUGAA